CAGGGUUAGUGGACGCGGGCCCACGCGUGGGGCGCCAUGCAGGUAGGUGUCCACUGCCCGCCCAGCUCUAACUCCGACCCCAGAUCCGGCUCGGAGCCCGCUUGGGCCUAACCUCAACAGCGCGCCGAGGUGGCCAUGACCGGUAGGGCCCGCAAAGAGGCGGUGCAGGCCGCGGCCCGGGAACUCCUCAAGUUCGUGAACCGGAGUCCCUCUCCUUUCCACGCCGUGGCCGAGUGCCGCAGCCGCCUCCUCCAGGCUGGCUUCCAUGAACUCAAAGAGACGGAUAGCUGGGAUAUCAAGCCGGAGAGCAAGUACUUUCUGACCAGGAACUCCUCAACGAUCAUCGCUUUUGCUGUUGGAGGCCAAUAUGUUCCUGGCAAUGGUUUCAGCCUCAUUGGAGCCCACACGGACAGCCCUUGUCUCCGGGUGAAACGGCGGUCCCGCCGUAGCCAGGUGGGUUUCCAGCAGGUUGGCGUGGAGACCUAUGGUGGUGGGAUCUGGAGCACCUGGUUUGACCGGGACCUGACUUUGGCUGGACGUGUCAUUGUCAAGUGCCCUACCUCAGGCCAGCUGGAGCAGCGGCUGGUGCACGUAGAGCGACCCAUCCUUCGAAUCCCACACCUGGCCAUCCACCUGCAGCGCAACGUCAACGAGAACUUCGGGCCCAACAUGGAGAUGCACUUAGUCCCCAUUCUUGCCACGGCAGUCCAGGAGGAGCUGGAGAAGGGGACUCCGGAGGCUGGGCCUGUCAGUGCUGCUGAUGACCGGCACCACUCGGUCCUCAUGUCCCUUCUCUGUGCCCAUCUGGGACUGAGCCCCGAGGAUAUCUUGGAGAUGGAGCUCUGCCUUGCUGACACCCAGCCCGCGGUCCUAGGUGGUGCCUACGAGGAGUUCAUCUUUGCCCCUCGGCUGGACAAUCUGCACAGCUGCUUCUGUGCCCUGCAGGCUUUGAUUGACUCCUGUUCAGCCCCUGCCUCUUUGGCCGCGGAGCCCCACGUGCGCAUGAUCGCGCUCUAUGACAACGAAGAGGUGGGCUCCGAGAGCGCCCAGGGGGCCCAGUCGUUGCUGACAGAGCUGGUGCUGCGCCGGAUCUCAGCCUCAUUCCAGCACCUGACGGCCUUUGAGGAAGCCAUCCCCAAGUCCUACAUGAUCAGUGCAGACAUGGCCCAUGCCGUGCACCCCAACUACCUGGACAAGCAUGAGGAGAACCACCGGCCCUUAUUCCAUAAGGGCCCUGUGAUCAAGGUGAACAGCAAGCAGCGCUAUGCCUCAAAUGCAGUUUCAGAGGCCCUGAUCCGAGAGGUGGCCAGUAAGGUCGGGGUGCCCCUGCAGGAUCUCAUGGUCCGUAAUGACUCUCCCUGUGGAACCACCAUCGGACCUAUCUUGGCUUCUCGGCUGGGGCUGCGGGUUCUAGAUUUAGGCAGCCCUCAGCUGGCCAUGCACUCCAUCCGGGAGACCGCCUGCACCUCAGGAGUACUCCAGACCCUCACCCUCUUCAAGGGCUUCUUUGAGUUGUUCCCUUCUCUGAGCCGUAACCUCUUAGUGGAUUGAGGCCUCUUGGAAAGACUUCUCUUGUGCUUGAGAAGUGAUCAGCUGAGCUGAAGCUGGAGUAUUAAAGUGGAUUUCUCACUGAGA